GGUUCGUUUAUCGGUGCUUUUAUUCUUGCUGCCAUAUUGUGUGUUAUCUCUCUUAUACGUUUCAUGGAAAAUCAUAAGUAAGAGUUAUUUUCCUCGAGCUCGGAAACUAAGUGAGGCGAACUAAAUGACUUAAGCCCCGUUUACACUACGCCCAAUUUUUGGUACGGCACGGAUACAAUUGGUACCCGUACCACUUUUUUGGUUCUUGGACUACCUAUUUAGCUACACCCCGUUUACACUACGCUCAAUUUUUGGUACCGUACCACUUUUUGGUUCUUGGACUACCUAAAUAGGUAGUCCAAGAACCAGAAAGUGGUACGGGUACCAAUUUUAUCCGUGCCGUACCAAAAAUUGAGCGUAGUGUAAACGGGGCUUUAGUUUCCUGUACUCUAACCUGGGAUGAUAGUUGGGAUCACAGGAUGAUAGAUGCUCUUACCCGACGCGUUCAGUUGAUGGUAGAGUUUGGAUGAUAGAGUUUGAUGGACCCCAGGCAUGGCUGUUGUCUUUUCGGCCAGACACGGUACCAAGUGUGAACGAGUUGAGGGGCUUGACAUUGUAUAGUUGCCUCUUUAGGCAAACAUGAAUUCGUUAUAAUAUUAUCUCGGGGACAAUAAGUGGUAAUAAUAUAUAUUAUAUCCCGGGGACAGUGAUACGCGAUAUAAUUACCUCGGCACAUCAAACAAAACUGCAUAACUCAAUUAUGAACUAUGUAAGUUUAAAUUCCCGCACAGGGGGACAUGUUUUUCUUGACAAGUUCUUUGACAGAUUUUCCUUGACAAGUUUUCCCUUACUAGAACUCCUUGACAGUUUCUUUUGGCACGUUUUCCUUACCAAGUUUCUUUCACAAGUCUUUCUUACAUUUACUUACAGGUUUUCCUAGUGUAUCGUAUAACUUCAUAUAUAACUUCACGUAUUCGUCGAAAAAUUGCUCAUACUGUUGUGCAUUAUUUAAGAAUCUCGACAUUGUAUUAAGUCUAGUUUAGAUGAGCAAGUUUUAUUUUGCAAGUUUCACUUUGACAAUGUUCAUUUGAUGAUGUAAAUUAGAAAAUGUCGCAAAGUUUUCAUUGACAAGCGUACUUGUUGAAAAACUGCUGCCGUGCCAGCUUUUCAACAAGUACAUUUGUGAAAGAAAAGCUGUCAUGUCGCUGUCAUGCCAAGAUGUGACACAUAAAAACUUGUUGAGUGUUUAUAUUGGCAAAUACAACUUGCCAAGGGAAACUUGUCAAACGAAAAUUAAUAAUUUACCAUGUACACGAACAUGUUCAAUUGGCAUAAAAGUUGCCAAAAGAAGAUUGCUCGUAUAAACUAGGCCUUAUAAACACCAUUGAACCUCUGGUUUUUCCUUUGAUAAUUUUACGAUUUCUUUUUUUUCACUAGGAAUAACAUGCUAAGGAUGUUCAAAGGAGAUAAAUCUUUUAUUCCUAAGUUUAUGAGUGUGUCACAGUUUAUGAUUGUAAGUCGAACGAUUUACCGAUAUUUCCGUUUUAUUUUCAGUGCUUAAUUUUCAACAUAGGCACACGUCUUCGUUGUUCCCCAAGAUGUCAAGAUUGUUUGUUAGACUCUGCCGUGGCCACUUUCUGUCGUACACACCAGUGAUGGUUGUGCAAUGCUGUCGAGACAACAGUAGUCUUAAAAUUUGUUUUUCAAAUCUUACUUGUCAACAAUUGGAAAUGUUGAUUCGUGCUAGACGACAAGUUGUUUAACGAGUCGACAAAUAAAAAUGUUGAACAAACGAUAAUUUUAUUUUAUUUUAAAAAUUCAGCAUAAAUACAUAUACUAGGCGAACAAACAAUAGGACACAAGGUCCAGGGUGUUAGCCAGGCGGCCGUCCGACCGUCCUACGGACGGCCACUUCUGAAUUUGGACGGCUACAUUUUAAUGGAUGGCCUAAGGGAAUAUUUUCUUUAAAUAGCAAUUUACAAGCUUUGUAAUAUUUCUUGAAUACUUAGAAUUGUUGUCAUCUGCUGUUUACUUUACUUAUGGGUGAAUUGAAGUAUCGACAAACGCGCCUUGUUUUUGUAAUUAACCAUGUUGAUGAUUCUCGCAUAAAGUAUCAAGGAGAAUAAUUUGAAACCGCUGUUUAAAAAAAACAGCAAUCGCUCGAACAUCACAUGCUUUAGAGUUACAGUUAAGCCUAGUUUCCAUUUGGUCGUUAGUUGUCGCUGGCACGACAAGUGGCUGAUGUAAUAGAGUGUCAACAAAAAACUCUGCAAUCAUUAAGACUGAUUUGCAUAUCAUACAAACAGACUAUUAUUAUAUUAGACUAUUUCACAUCUACCGCUUGUAGUGCCAGCGACAGCUAACGACCAAAUGGAAACUAGGCUUUACGAUAAAGAUGGCUAUAAAAUGAGCCAAACGCAUAAUAAAGGGGGAAACAUAUCGGCAAUUGAUAAAAAAUUAAACAUUACACUGCUGUAUUGUGUUCUUCGUUAUAGCAUAUACUGUACAUCGUAGUGAUCAUACGGUUCAUACCAUGUGUGCUUUUACUAAUUUAAUGACGGAAAUGUGCAUCUAAAAGUAAAAAAGUUCAACGAAUAGAACACCACAAUUCCACUACAACAAAAAAUUUUGGCCACGCCCAAAAACAUGUGACCAUGACCACGAAAAUUUGUGGCCACGCCCACAAAAUUACUUUGGACGGCCACUUUUGAAAUCCUGGCUAACACCCUGACGAGGUCCCCUACAAGGUUUGAACACCUGUGACUAAGCUAAUAUAAAAUGUAUCCCCUCUCUAAUCAAUCUAACUCAGAGAGUUAGCACUACACAUUACAAUUACAAUUACAAUUAAAACGGUAUUAACACGAACAUAAAUUAAGAGUGUUACUGUGACGACAUCUAGGACAAAUCAACUUAUAACGUCUGAUAUUGUCCUUGUCAAAUAGUACACGAAGUCUGUUGAAGAAGAAGUUAUUUAGUCUACGUUUGAACGACAGUAUUUGGCAUGUAUGCAGGGAUUAAUACAAGCAUUUUAGUCUACUACCGUUUUUUCGGAAGAAGAUUGUAAAUAAAUGAGUUUUAGAUGGAGAACAGUACCUCAAUCCGCCAAAACCUGCGCGGGGCCCCCACUAGUGCCCCCCCCCCUCCGGUAAAGUUCUUGAUUUUGUCUCCAUAACAACAUUUUCAGCAUUCAGAAAUAACCGUUCUUAAACUGGUUUUUAAUGGCGUGUUGAAGAAUAUACAACGAUCAAGUACUUUCUUUUACAGUUAAUUAUUCACAUUCACCAUAAUUUCUUCAAAGCAUAUUGUGAAAAAUAUAGUUACGGAAGUUUCAAAACUCAAUUGAAGAUUGAUUUUUUUCUACCGUACACCGGUGGUAGAAAAUUGUUGUAUAAAUCCCCUGUAAGACACCAGUAAAUAAAACAUGGCAGUAGCUAGUUAAAUGUAACUGAUCUGAAUAUCGUUCGUUUUUAUUAGGGAAAGGGAUUGAGAUAUCACAGUUUUCAGAUUGGCUACUUUAUGUGGGGUAGGUGUUCCUUGGUUAAGUUAAAUGUGUCGGUAUUGGGCCAUCACCGACCUAGAUGAGCGGGCGGGGAUGGCACCGAAGAGAAAUGUUUUUUUUUGGUAAAAGUUCAUUGCUGAUCCAACCAUAAAGAGCCAAACUUUUUUUUUACCCAAGCUUAUAUAUCAAUAAAAAAUAACUACCCACUCCUGACCAAAAACUUUACAAAAGGAUACCACCACUCAGUUGUCACACAUGUCCUUUACAACGUAGUGCAACACCAGCUUGUGCAUGUAAUUUUCUGCAGUGUAAAGUUUCAUGUUGUCUGCACAUGUAUUUCCUUUGGAGACACCAUUUGCCCCCCCCCCCCUGACAAAUCGAAAAAGAUCAAGAUAGUGACUGUGAUUCAUUUACAUAUUGUAUUGACAUAUGACUGUUGACAUUGCUUUUUAGUCUUCAAUAUUUGAGUAAGUCGUGCUUUGGAAAUGACAAUCUUUUAUCAUCCCCAACUCUUGAGUUGCUUUGUUUUUCAUUUACUCAACCUUUUACUCACUCAAAAUUUUGUUCACCCAACCCUUUUCUCUUCGGUGCCACCUCCGCCAUAAAUAAUGACCCGGUCCCUAAAGCUGGAGUAAUACGAGCAACAAAAUUGCUGCAACUUGCAACAAAAUCUGAUUUCAACGCAUGUUAAGUAGAAAUGUUGACACAUGUUGCCUCGCGAUUUGUAAUGUAUGUGUAAACAUUUUCAACUAUCAUGCCCGUAUUACUCCACCUUAACAGUAAAAGACAAUGAACUAUAGAAAUCAUCUUUCCAAAGAACGAAUCAUAAACACGGAUUGCUGUUAUUUUAUGACAUCAAUCACAAAACACGAUCAUUUCAGGUUGGUAUUUACCCUCGCCAUUUCGAAAUUGAUAACGAGACUGGAGACUAAAAAUAUCUUAAACCAGACGAUUUUACUCUUCGCGGAAAUCCUUGGGCGUUGCAGUUCAUUUCACGAAACAUUGGCGAAAACUUUAUAAAAUUUGUUUGAUAAUUUCGAAUUUUGCUGCAAAGGUUGUCAAGUUUGUUAGCAAUUUCAAACGUAAUUAUGAAUUUCACAAUCGAGUUUUGGAAGCGUUGUAGCGGACUCACUAAUGGUCGUUAAACACCAUUAUUAGCAACGUAGUGGCCAAUCAUAGGCUUUGUUUGCAAACGACUUGUUUAUAAAUUUUAUAAUAGAUGUGAACUUGAUCCAAACAACUUUUCAACCACAAAGGAACUUAACUUCAACCAUAUCGAAAUGUAACGUAGCGUUUUCUGUCCCUUGAAACAUUUUCUUGUCCCUUGAAACGUUUUCUUGUCCGUUUUCUGUACCUUGUAGCGUUUUUUGUCCUUUGUUUUCUGUUUUUUGUCCUUUUAUUCACGUAAAUGAAAGUAUUAGACAUUUUAAGUCAACAUUCUUAACUCUUAAGAAUCCCCAGCUCCUCUUUCAAAUUUAUACUCAAAGUGUAUAAGCCUGGUUUCCAUACGGUCGUAAACGUGUCUCUGAUUCUAUCUCUACGACAUUUACGACACUGUUACGACACGUUUACGGCUGUUUACGACCGUAUGGAAUAUAAAGCGAAAAUGUUAUUGUCUUUAUAAAGCAAAAGAACUCUUAAAUCUGUAAUAAGUUAUUUUGAAUAUUGUUGUUUCCAUGAAUGCUUCAUUGUUGAGAUAUUUCGACUUGUAUUUUCUAGGCUACCUAUUGCUCGUGUUGGUGUUUUUUGUUUUCUUGUUUUGUCUUUACUUACUGAAAUUUCCCGUGAUUCGAGAUUGGGUUAGGAGCUGGGCUGAAGGAGGAGGGUAAGUGUUCAUCAUUACCUAUUAUUAUUAUUAGAAUUAAAUUAUUAAUAUUAUACCUCAAAUUCAAAUUGUCCAAUGAAAAAACAGCAUUUGUACCACGUGAUAAUGUGAUUUUUUACGGUAUUUCACUC